UUUUCGGGGCAGGAGAGGCAAGCCGAGCAGCGUCAUGCGCAUGCGCAGUUCUUUUUCCUCCUCUGCCAUCUUGCCCGAGGAGGAGGAGGAGGAGGCCGCCUUGAGGUGCCUCUGCCAUGGGGAACACCACGAGUGAGAGGGUGUCUGGGGAACGUCACAGCUCCAAGUCUCAUCGUUCUGAUGGAAGUAGCAGCAGCCAACAUGCUAAGGAUCAUUCAAACAAGAUCAUGGUUGGAAGCACUGAUGAUCCUAAUGUUUUCAGCACACAUGAGUCCAAGCUUCCUGGAGAAAAGGAAUUUGUGUCAUGGCAUCAUGACUUGGAUGAGUCAGUAAAGCCAUAUCAACAGGCUCGGCCCACUGUCAUUCGUUGGACUGAUGGAGGCAAGGAAGUCUUCAUCUCGGGAUCCUUUAACAACUGGAGUGCAAAAAUACCUUUAAUUAAAAGCCACAAUGACUUUGUUGCUAUUCUGGACCUUCCUGAAGGGGAACACCAGUAUAAAUUCUUUGUGGAUGGCCAGUGGGUUCAUGAUCCGUCUGAGCCAGUGGUGACUAGUCAGCUGGGGACAAUUAACAAUCUGAUUCAUGUCAAGAAGUCUGACUUUGAAGUGUUUGAUGCUUUAAAGGUGGACUCCCUGGAAAGUUCAGAGACUUCUUGUCGAGACCUUUCAGGCUCUCCUCCUGGAACAUACAGCCAAGAAAUGUACGUUUAUAGGCCUGAGGAACGUUUCAAAUCCCCACCGAUUCUUCCUCCUCAUCUCCUCCAGGUCAUCCUUAAUAAAGAUACUAACAUUUCAUGUGACCCAGCCCUCUUGCCUGAGCCAAAUCAUGUGAUGCUGAACCACCUGUAUGCACUCUCCAUUAAGGAUGGUGUUAUGGUACUAAGUGCCACACAUCGCUACAAGAAGAAAUAUGUGACUACCCUGCUCUACAAGCCCAUUUGAGUUGGGUUUUUCCUGAUCACUGUGGGGACACAGAGACUGCUGCUUUUUCCUCACACAUUUCAAACAGGAAACUAGCCUCCAACUCCUUUGUCAGGGGCAAAAGCUCUAUAUGACACCAGCCCUAUCUCGGUUUUUAGGACUGAUUGAGAACAUUUUUUCUUGGUGACUAUUUCUGCUAUGCAACUUGCACCUGUCCAUAGCACACAAUUGAUAGUUCCAACAGUUUAGGUGCAUUGCUUCCUGUCCAGUGCUGAUUGGAAAAACAGCUUUUCCUGGAUAAUAUUAAGGAAAGAGGAGUUUUUGGUUUCUCUCAUUGUAGGUUGCUCUUGGGUACCCACUUGUAAUCCCCCCUCUGGCCAGAAAGAGGUUGCUAGGAGUAGUUUACUGUCAAAGAAGAAAUGACGGAGUCUGUUGUGAAGACCCAUCUGCUUCCAAUAGUUAAAUUAUAAUUACUUUGUAAUUCCAGGGGGUUGAGCAGAGGGACCUUUGUUGAAGGUCAUGUUGUGAGAGUAACUACUAGCUGUGAUAGCAAUGUAGCAUCUCCUAGCUAAGAGGUUAUAUGACACUAAAUAAUUGCUGUGGAACAUUGGCUUCACGCACUGUUCUGACUACAAUGGGAUGCAGUAUUCAGGACAAGACAGACUCCUAAAAAGGGCUGCUCUUAUCUUAUAGUACCUACUACUACAAGCCCAUGGCAAGUGCAAUCAGGACAAUGUCAGUGCGAAGCAGUGUUUCACUGUAUGCUAUAUGUGCCUGCUGUGUGGUUGUAUGGACAUUAAUUCUGCAAAUUGGAAGUGCAGCAAUCAGAAGUAGCAAUAGUGCUAUUGGGAUUAUGUGUGAAGAUCAUACUUUUUUGUUGAUGUGAGGAAUGUUUCCAUCUCCUUAGGACAUAAAUUAUAAUCUGCAAGCAUAUACAGACCAACUUGCCCAGAAGGAAGUAACAGGAGUGCAAAGUGCUGAAAAUGCUGACUCUGGGAAUGUGUAUCUUGCGUGCUGAUACAGACCAAAAGUCAGUCUAUUUCAGCCAAAAGCCUCUGGGAAAUGGAGGAAGAGCAUGAUAAUCAAAUCAAAUCAUUUAUUUCGGUCAUUGAACAGCACUGUCUCUCACCUUAAAGUUUAUAUGUACAGCUGCUAUGGACUUUAGUAGCUGUAUUCAUGGAAGGAAUUGUUUAAGGAGAAAUGCUGUGUUCUCCUCCUUUUCCAGGAUUUUUACUUCCAGAGUUUAUUCUUAUAAACUCUGUGGCUCCACUCAAGAUUAAGGAUCGCCCUCUUUCAUUUCAAUGAUACUUUAUUUAUAACCUGCCCUCUCUCCCCGAUGGGACUCAGGGCAGUUUCCAACGAAAGUAACAAAUUGGCAAACAUUCAAUGCCUAUGAGAAGUGUUAAAUAUAUCAUUCAGUACUUGAAUCCUACAGGAAGAAGCGAGAUCCAUAUUUCCAGGACUUGUAGAACCUUAAAUGGGAAACCUUGAUCUCUGCUCUUUUGGCCUGGGACUAUAGGGGUUCUUCAGUGUUUUUCCUCCCUUCUGUCCCUGCCUCUUUUCUUUCUAGCCUUGUCAAAUGAAGAAGUCUUGUUUUGAGAUAAGAUGCCUGAGUUGGGAGAGGAAAUUCGCCUAUGAGCUGUUGCAUGUAGUAGUUGCUGAUUUUUUCUUGAACAGAGUUUUUUUUUUAUCAGGUUCUGAGUUGGUGAAAAUAGAGUGUUGCCAUCUUACAGAAUCACAUUGUAUUCCUUGGUGUGUAAUCAUUUGAAAUCCCAAGCAGCCCUUCUUAAGUUUGGGGUUUUGAACGAGUUGAUUGCAUGUUUUUGCAUUGGCUGGAGCUGCUGAAUUUUGUCCCACUCAAACUGAUCCCUUCAGCUGCAAAACAGUCUUACAAGGGCAGAGAGGUUUGUUUUCCGUUAAUGGAGAAGAAACUGUGAUAAAUGACUAAGCUGACUGUAUCUCAUCCAUUUGCCCACUUCCUUUACUGGCAUGAAGACACCUUUGCUUGUGCUAGUGACACCUUUUCCUGCUUAAUUUUAGUCCUCUGAGCUACCUGGGGUGAGGUACCACUUUGCAGUUUGCCCUUACUCACUGAAAUCUAGGUCAGUGGGUCCCCAGAUGUUUUGGCCUUCAACUCCCAGAAAUCCCAACAGCUGGUAAACUGGCUGGGGUUUCUGGGAGUUGUAGUACAAUACACCUAGGGACCCACAGGUUGGGAACUACUGCUCUAGGCAUUGUGUAAGGGCCAACAUAAUAGUUGUCGCGGCUUGUAGAUAGAGUAUCCUGUUAUAUCAGUGUUAAAAUCUGAGGCAUUUAAAAUACAGAGACGCCUUGAAUAAAUGUAUGUUUAAAAGGAAACUUACUUAGAUGUAUUGAAUACCUUCAAGCUACCUGAAAGUUAUCUGACAACCAGGAUGUUUUGAGAACUGUAGCUUUAACAUGUCAGUUACUAUCUAGAAAUCUUGCGCUAGACUUCAGAAUGGUAGAGAUGCCUCUGGAAAUAAGGUGGUCACUGGAUGCUUUAAAAAGAAUUUUGUGCCCUACGAAUGGACCAUGUAAUAAACCAAGUCUAAGCCAGUGGUCACUAGUACUCUGCUUGUAAGUUCAGUGAGCUGACAAUAUAGGUUCAAGAGGAGAAACAUAGAAUGAGCUGUGGCAAGAUAAAAUGAGAUUGAUGCUAUAAAGCAGGGGUCCUCAAACUUUUCAGGUAACAGUCCCUCAAACUGUCGGAGGGCCGGAUCAUGAUUUGAAAAAAGCAUGAAUGAAUUCUGGUGCACACUUCACAUAUCUUAUUUGUAGUGCAAAAAACAUUUAAAACAAUACAAUAAUUAAAAUGAAGAACAACUGUAACAAAUAUAAACUUAUUAGUAUUUCAAUGGGAAGUGUGGGCCUGCUUUUGGCUGAUGAGAUAGAAUUGUUGUUGUUGUUGUUGUUGUUGUUGUGUGCUUUCAAGUCAUUUCAGACUUAUGUUGACCCUGAGCAAGGGCCAGGUAAAUGACCUUGGAGGGCCAUAUUCGGCCCUCGGGCCUUAGUUAGAGGACUCCUGCUAUAAAGAGCUAAAGCAGCGUUUCUCAACCUGGGGGUCAUGGGGGGAGGGUGUCAGAGGGGUCGUCAAAGACACCAGAAAAUAGAGUAUUGUCUGUUGAUCAUGGGGGUUCUGUGUGGGAAGUUUGGCUCAAUGCUAUCUUUGGUGGGGUUCGGAAUUCUCUUUGAUUGUAGGUGAACUAUAAAUCCCAGCAACUACAACUCCCAGUGGCAAAAUCCUCCCUCCAACCCCACCAGUAUUCAAAUUUGGGCAUAUUGGGUAUUUGUGCCAAAUUGGGUCCAGUGAAUGAAAAUACAUCCUGCAUAUCAGAUAUUUACAUUUCGAUUCGUAACAGUAGCAAAAUUAGUGUUAUGAAGUAGCAACAAAAAUAAUUUUAUGUUUGGGGGUCACCACAACAAGAGGGACUGCAUUAAGGGAUUGUGGCAUUAGGAAGCUUGAGAACCACUAAGUUAAAGAAAGGCCAGAGCGUAGGACAGAAAAACACCUCUCCUGUCCAAGAGGAAAGUACUCGUGUGGUUUCUGCAUAUGUGGGGCAAUAGGGAAUGUUGGUUCCUUUGCUCCUUGUAGAGCAGUGGCUCUCAACCUGUGGGUCUCCAGAUGUUUUGACCUACACCUCCCAGAAAUCUCAGCCAUUUUGCCAGCUGUUGGGAUUUCUGGGAGUUGAAGGCAAAAACAUCUGAGGACCCACAGGUUGAAAACCACUGUUGAGUUUUCCAGUUUUAUGGCUAUCAGAGGGGCAAGCUCUUUCUGCCUAGCCUCAGAUAUCAGCCUCAUGUAGUCAUAACUAUUUGGCAUCCGUUUAUUGAGAAGAGAAAGCUGAUGACUAAUAAUUGUGUCAUUCCAGCUGGUUUGACAGACUUGCUACUUGCUCCCAUCUGGGUCCUACUGUAGUAGAAAGGUCUGCUCUUGCUCUCUCAUCUGAUGCUAAAGACCUCAUUAGUUUGUUCAUGGAUUGGGGGAUGAAGCUUCAUUUUCCCCAAGUCCUUUCUUGCAUAUAGCUACUAACAGAAAGCAUUAUUACUGUUAGACACAAAGAUGUGGCAGAACCGGGGAAUUGAUAGCUUUAAAAAAAUCUUUAACAACUAUUCUUUGAAUAGUAUUUUUGCUUGUCACCAAUUGGUGAUCGUUGUUGAAGAAUUUUUCCUGCUGAGGAAGGAGUUGAUUUCCCUGUUCCCAUUCUGGUCCCAAUAACAGGUUUAAGCAUAUGCAAUUUGGAGAACUUUCCCCAGAACUAAUGUUACCGCACCUAUUUUCAAUUUUGUGUGUGUGUGAAAAGAAAGUAACAAACGUUUUUCUCAACAAAAAAUGACUACUAAAAGGUAUGUUAAGUUUAUUAUGUCAUGUUUAUUAAAUGAAAAACUAACUUAAUUCUGCAUGAGUAAUAGUGGAUUUAUGUUAGUUUGAACAAUGAAAGCAGUUCUAGUUGCAUCUUGAGGAAGGGGAAAUUGGCAAGAUCACAGUUGCUGUGUAGCCAUGUGUAGCAAAGGGUUCUGUUAGGUUGCUGCAGUGUUUGAGUGGGCAUUGGAAAGAAAAAAGUAUACAGCAACUUGGAUGUGUAUUUUGUGUGUUUGGGGGAGGGGGGGAUAGCACUUUGAACGGAUCUGCAAAGCUGCCUUGGUAUAUUUGACUGGAAUCUGUUCCCUGGACUAUUACUGCAUCUAAUGGUGUGACAAAUACCUUGACAAGAGAAACAGUUGUGUCUGUUGUAUUGAAUAACACCUGUUUUGUUGUAUCCAAACAUGUCACUGUACAGCAUGAUGCUGGGACAUCAAUAAACCAAGAGAUCUUGCCACUG